AUGUCAAACCUUCAGAACAAUUUCAAUCAGAAGAUCGAUUAUGUUUUCAAGGUAGUCUUGAUCGGCGACUCUGCCGUUGGCAAAUCUCAGCUUCUCGCUAGGUUCUCCAGAAACGAGUUCAGCAUCGAAUCGAAAGCUACGAUCGGUGUCGAGUUUCAGACGAGAACACUUACCAUCGAUAGAAAAACUGUCAAAGCUCAGAUAUGGGACACCGCUGGUCAAGAACGGUAUCGAGCUGUGACGAGUGCAUAUUACAGAGGAGCACUAGGGGCAAUGCUUGUUUACGACAUAACAAAACGACAGUCGUUUGAUCAUGUCGCGAGGUGGUUAGAAGAAUUGAGAGGACACGCGGACAAAAACAUUGUGAUUAUGCUCAUAGGUAACAAGACUGAUCUCGGCACGCUUCGAGCUGUGCCAACCGAGGAUGCCAAAGAGUUUGCUCAAAGAGAAAACCUCUUCUUCAUGGAGACAUCAGCACUGGAUUCGAUCAACGUCGAGCCAUCUUUUCUCACUGUUCUUACUGAAAUCUACCGGAUAGUGAGCAAAAAGAAUCUCGUUGCCAAUGAGGAAGGUGAGUCUGGAGGUGACUCUUCACUCCUGCAAGGAACUAAGAUUGUUGUUCCUGGAGAAGAGACUGAAACUAAAGGAAAAGGUUGUUGUGUAACAUCAUAG